GCGUACGUCGCCGGGGUUCGGCUGCGUCGGUCUCGCCGUCCGCCCGUUGCCGCCGUCGCUGCCGCUGCCGUCGCCGCGCUCUCGCUUCGCCGGCCGCCGCCUAAGGGGGUUGGGGCUGGGCCAAGCUACUGCCGCUGUUGCCGGGAUGCCGCGGGUGUACAUUGGCCGCCUGAGCUACCAGGCCCGGGAGCGCGAUGUGGAGCGUUUCUUUAAGGGCUACGGAAAGAUCCUGGAGGUGGAUCUGAAGAACGGAUAUGGGUUUGUGGAAUUUGAUGAUCUGCGUGAUGCAGAUGAUGCUGUUUAUGAACUAAAUGGCAAAGACCUUUGUGGUGAGCGAGUAAUUGUUGAGCAUGCCCGCGGCCCACGUCGAGAUGGCAGUUACGGUUCUGGACGCAGUGGAUAUGGUUAUAGAAGAAGUGGCCGAGAUAAAUAUGGCCCUCCCACCCGCACAGAAUACAGACUUAUUGUGGAAAAUUUGUCAAGUCGGUGCAGCUGGCAAGACCUAAAGGAUUAUAUGCGUCAGGCAGGAGAAGUGACAUAUGCAGAUGCUCACAAGGGACGCAAAAAUGAAGGGGUGAUUGAAUUUGUGUCUUACUCCGAUAUGAAAAGAGCUUUGGAAAAAUUAGAUGGAACUGAAGUCAAUGGCAGAAAAAUCAGAUUAGUCGAAGACAAGCCUGGUUCCAGAAGACGCCGGUCCUACUCCAGGAGCCGGAGUCACUCCAGGUCCCGUUCUCGCAGCAGGCAUUCUCGGAAGAGCAGAAGCCGAAGCGGCAGCAGCAAAAGCAGUCAUUCUAAGAGUCGAUCUCGGUCCAGGUCGGGCUCCCGUUCCCGGAGCAAGAGCCGUAGCCGCAGCAAGAGCCGCAGCCGCAGCAAGAAAGAGAAAAGCCGCAGCCGCAGCAAGGAUGACAAGAGCCGCAGCCGCAGCCGCAGUGUGGACAAGCGCCGCAGCAAGAGUAAAGACCAAGUCGAAGAGAAGAUUCAGAACAACAAUAACACCGGGAAGUCCAAGAGCAGGAGUCCCAGUCGACAUAAAAGCAAAAGUAAAAGCAGAAGCAGGAGUCAAGAGAGGAGAGUGGAGGAGGAGAAGCGGGGGAGCAGGAGCAGGAGCAAGAGCAAGGAGAAGAGCCGGAGUCAGGAGAAGGGCGUCCACAAGAGCAGGAGCAGGAGCAAGGGAGGCAGCCGGAGCCGCAGCCGGAGUCGCAGCAAAAGCAAGGACAAGAGGAAGGGGAGGAAGAGAAGCCGGGAAGAGAGCCGCAGCCACAGUCGGAGCCGGAGCCGCAGCAAGAGCAAGAGGAGCAGAAAACACAGCAGCAAGCGAGACAGCAAGUCAGGCAGCAGCGAGAAGAAGAAGAAGGAAGACGCAGACCGCUCCCAGUCCAGAUCGCGGUCCCGCUCAGCGUCAAAGGAGCGGGAGCGGGCCAAGCCCGAGUCCAGCCAGAGGGAAGGCCGAGGAGAGAGCGAGGAUGCUGGCACCAAUCAGGAGACCCGGUCCCGGUCAAGGUCCAAUUCUAAAUCCAAACCAAACCUUCCAUCAGAAUCACGCUCCAGAUCAAAGUCUGCUUCAAAAACCCAGUCUCGGUCCAAGUCUAGAUCCAGGUCUGCAUCCAGAUCGCCUUCCCAGUCUAGAUCUAGAUCCCACUCAAGGUCCUAACUGGCUACGACCACAGCUGGAACUACCCGAGAAGUUUUGUACAUGUUUGGUAGCCGUAGCACAAGUGAUUGAAGUAGAACAUACGUCACUGCUGUACAUUUUUAACUCCCCUAAUGGUGUGUCUACAAUUGUUAAAUCUAAGUGCUUCCUCUCUGUAAAGCCUCCUGGCACCAGGCCUUCCUGCUCGACUGAAAACAAUCUUCUCUUUGAAAACCCCCUUUCCUCAUGGCCCACAGUAGAAUAUCCAAAAUGCCUUGGCUUUCAGGCCUGGCUUUUCUUACAGGGAGCUCAGUACCUGGAUGGGUUUAAGGCUGGAAUGAUGACAUAGGUAGGUAUGGUGAGUUCAGCCAUUUUUGCCCCUGGAUUGAUGCCCUUUGAUGUAUGCCAUUUAGUGAAAGUGCUAAGUCCUAAGUUUCCUACCACUUUGGUUUCAUAUUUUUGAACUUAACAAAGUUGUGAAUAGCACAGUCAAGGAAAAUCGAUACCUGCAGUAACCCAUAGGAAAUAAACUAUAGAGUUCCAUAUUCUGGUAUUGUGAUUAUAUUGUUUUAUAUUAAAAAAGAAAAGAAAAGAAUUUUUUUUUAAUUUUAUUUUUCCCCGUCUUGCAAAGUAUAGUGACCCCUGUUUCCAUUAAAUUUGAAUAAAGACUAUUUUUGCUUGACAAAAUUUCAUGGUGCUUGAAUCAGAGUUGCAUUUCCUGAUCUCUCUUGAUAACUCUUUUUCUUAGCAUAAAAAGUUCAGUGUAUAAUGACUCCUUGACUUCUUGAGAUCAUGGUUAGGGAGCCAACACUUUUUCCUAAAGGAUUUUUCUUACCCAGCAGAAUAAAGAAAUUUAGUUUCUUAGGAACUUACAGCCCUUCCUGUCUUAAGAACCUGGGAUUUGGCCCUGACCAUUGUGACUUGGAUGGGGGUCAUACUGCAAAGCAAAGAGGCACCAGUUCAAUUCCUGGUCAGAGCAGAUGCCUGGGUUGCAGGUUCCAUCCUUCAAUGGGACACAUACAAGAAGCAGCCAAUCAAUGUUUUCCUCCCUCUCUGCCUUUCCCUCUCUUAAAAAAAGAAUCUUAAAAAAUAAUUUUUUAAAACUUAGGGUUUGAACUCAGGUUCAAGCGGGGUUUCCACAAGACUGAGUCUGCUUUCCUUAAGCAAAAAUUUCUAAGGCUGCAGGACAAUGCCACCAGCCCACCACUGUGAAUAAAUUUUAAGUGCUCUGUCAUUUGAUGAAGACUCAAAGGCCUGCUUUGGCGUUCCCAUUUGUCCAAGCGCAGGUCAUCACCCCUCAUUGCAGGUACCAAGGGAGGAAGAGCAGAAAGAUGGUUCAUUUUAGCUUCUAUUGUGGGAAGCAGUGUAUUAAUGCCCACAAGAAUGUACUCAAUGGGGAAUUUUUCAAAAAGGAAGGAGCUGAAGAAAUACAAAAGCCCACUAUUAGCCUCUGGAUGCUCAAGAUCCACACAUACCCUUUCCAUAUUUAACCUUUCUCCCCUCUCCCCCCAAAAAAGUAGAAGGCAAAAGUAGGAAUAAAAAACAAGGGUAAUGAUAGAAAUCAAUAACAAAUGUAUUAGAUAUUAAACUAUAUCAGUAAUCACUUGAAAUGUCAAUUAUGUAGCUGAAAGACUUACCAGUCUUGGCCUAUGUGCCUCGGUUGGGCAUCAUGUAAACUGAAAGGUCACAGUUCGAUUUCUGGUCAGGGCACAUGCCUAGGUUGUGGGUUCGGUUCCUGGUCAGGGCCAGUGGGAGAGGCAACCAGUCAAUGUUUCUGUCCCUCUUCCUCCCUUUCUCAAAAAGUAAAUAAAACCUUUAAGUGGGUUUUUAAAAAGAACCAGCUGUAUGUUUAAAGAAACCCAUUUUAAAUACAGAGACAUUGAAAGUAAAGGGAUAGAGAAAGGUGUCAUGGUAACAAAAGAAAGGUGUAGGGGGUGGGGGUAUAAAUGGUGAUGGAAGGAGACGAGUGAUACACAAAAUACAAUAUACAGUUCACAUCAGUGAUUGACAGAUCCAGCAGGGAGAAAAUCAGUAAGGACAGUUAAACUGAAGAGAGCCAUCAGUGAGCAUCUAAUUGACAAAAUAGCAGAAUACACAUUCUCAAGUUUAACAUGAAACAUUCAAAAUAGACCACAUUCUGUUCCAUAAAAGACAAGAAAUUGAAAGGCCAAGUAUGCUCUCAGACCACAGAAUUAAACUAGAAAUCGAUAACAGAAAGCUAGGAAGUUCUAAGAUUGUUGGACAUUAGAGACAUUUCUAUACACACGCAUCAAAGAAGUGUCAAAUAUUUUGAGCAAAUGUAAACAGCUUAUCAAAAUUUGUGAGAUGUAACAAAAGCAGGUCUUGGGAGUUUCCGGCAGUAAGUGCUCCUAUUUGAAAAAGAAAAAAAACCUAAAGUCAAUAAUCUUAAACUCCUCUCUGGCUGGUGUGGCUCAGUGGAUUGAGUGCUGGCCCGCAAACCAAGGGGUCACUCGAUUCCCAGUCAGGGCACAUGCCUGGGUUGUGGGCCAGGUCCUCAGUAAGGGGCAUGUGAGAGGCAACCACACAGUGAUGUUUCUUCCUCUCUCCCUACAUUCCCCUCUGUCUAAAAAAAAUCUUAAAAAGUAAUAAAAGUUUCCUCAAAUAAUUUUAAAAAAUAAUCUUAGGCUUCUGCCUUAGGAAACCAGAAAAAAGAAGUUAAAUCCAAAGUCAACAAAGGAGAAAGCAGAAAUCAAUGAAACUGAAAUGAAUUCUAUAGAAAAAACAAAACCAAAGCUGAUUCUUUCAGAAAAUUUAUAAACUUAAAGCAAGGCCAAGCAAUUAAAAAAAGUAGAUAUAAACAACUAAUAAUCAGAAAUGAAAGGGGCCAUAUCACUACUGGUCCUGUGAACAUUAAAAGGAUAAAAAUGUUAUGAACAGCUUAUCCCCACAAAUUUGAUAAUCUAGAUAAAAUGGAACAAUUCCUUUAAGAACACUACCAGAACUAAUAGAGAAUCUGAACAGGCCUAAACCUAUUUUUAAAAAUUGAAUCAGUAACAAAGAGAAAGCCCCAGGCCCAACUGAUUCACCGGUGAAUUCUAGCAAACAUUUAAGAAGGAAGUAUACCAAUAUUUAAUCUCUUCCAGAAAAUAGAA